UCAGCCUCACUUGUUCCUUGUUCCCUUCUCCUCCCAACAAACCUUAACUUAAAAAAAAGCGUUUCACAGUUUCAUUGUCUCGUGAAUAGCGUUGUGAUGGCAUCAAUCUCAGGCAUUUGUUCCUCUUCCCCAACAACUCUCAAAUUCCAAAACCAAUCUCCACCGUUGACCAACCCACACCGCAAAGAACUCAUCUCGUUCCCCACUCGUCGGAGCCUCAGCCUCGUCUCCACUCGCUCCGUCGCUCGGGAGGUUCCGGCGGAGGUUUCCGAUAAGGCGAUAAUUCCGAAGGAGCAGAAAGGAUUGGAGAAAGAUCCACGUGCACUGUGGCGUAGAUACGUGGAUUGGCUUUACCAGCAUAAGGAGCUUGGACUUUACGUUGACGUGAGUCGGGUCGGGUUCACCGAUGAAUUUUUGCAGCAAAUGGAGCCCCGGUUUCAAGCCGCGUUCCGAGCGAUGGAGGAGCUUGAGAAGGGUGCGAUUGCGAACCCUGAUGAGGGUCGCAUGGUGGGGCACUAUUGGUUAAGGGACCCUAAGCGCGCACCAAACUCAUUCCUCAGGACACAGAUUGAGAACACUCUUGAUGCUGUUUGCAAGUUUGCUGAUGAUGUCAUCAGUGGUAAGAUUAAGCCUCCUUCUUCUCCGGAAGGUCGCUUUACUCAGAUACUUUCUGUUGGAAUUGGAGGUUCAGCUCUUGGACCACAGUUUGUUGCAGAAGCUUUGUCUCCUGAUAAUCCUCCACUCAAGAUAAGAUUUGUUGACAACACAGAUCCUGCUGGAAUUGAUCAUCAGAUUGCACAACUUGGCCCCGAGCUAGCUUCAACACUUGUAAUAGUGAUCUCAAAGAGUGGAGGUACCCCCGAGACUAGAAAUGGUUUAUUAGAAGUACAGAAGGCAUUUCGUGAAGCUGGCUUGGAUUUUCCAAAACAGGGUGUAGCUAUAACACAAGAAAAUUCUUUGUUGGAUAACACUGCCAGAAUUGAGGGCUGGUUAGCUAGAUUUCCUAUGUUUGAUUGGGUGGGAGGUAGAACAUCGGAGAUGUCUGCAGUUGGCCUGCUUCCAGCAGCCCUUCAGGCCAUUGACGUUAGAGAAAUGCUUGCUGGUGCAUCAUUGAUGGAUGAGGCAAAUAGAAGUACUGUGUUAAGGAAUAAUCCUGCAGCUCUGCUGGCUUUAUGUUGGUAUUGGGCUACAGAUGGCGUAGGAUCCAAGGAUAUGGUUGUUCUUCCAUACAAGGACAGCCUGUUAUUAUUUAGUAGAUACUUGCAACAGCUGGUCAUGGAAUCUCUAGGCAAGGAGUUUGACUUGGACGGUAAUCGGGUUAAUCAAGGAAUUAGUGUCUAUGGAAAUAAAGGAAGCACAGAUCAGCAUGCCUAUAUUCAACAAUUGAGGGAAGGUGUGCACAAUUUCUUCGUUACAUUUAUUGAGGUGCUACGUGAUAGACCCCCUGGUCAUGAUUGGGAACUAGAACCUGGUGUCACAUGCGGUGACUACUUGUUUGGUAUGCUACAGGGAACAAGGUCAGCCUUGUAUGCCAAUAACCGAGAGUCCAUCACUGUCACUGUACAAGAAGUGACACCGAGAUCAGUUGGUGCUCUUGUUGCACUCUACGAACGAGCAGUAGGAAUAUAUGCCUCUCUUGUCAACAUAAAUGCUUAUCAUCAACCUGGUGUGGAAGCCGGUAAAAAGGCAGCCGGUGAAGUAUUAGCACUUCAGAAGCGAGUGUUGGCAGUGCUAAAUGAAGCAAGCUGCAAAGAGCCUGUUGAGCCAUUGACGCUUGAAGAAGUAGCUGAGCGUUGUCAUGCUCCAGACGAUAUUGAAAUGAUUUACAAGAUUAUUGCUCACAUGGCUGCCAAUGACAGAGCACUUAUUGCUGAAGGCAGCUGUGGAUCACCACGGAGCUUCAAGGUUUUUCUUGGGGAGUGUAACGUUGAUGAAUUGUACGCUUGAGUUUGGGCUAAUGAAAUUUCGUGUUUGAUAAUGUUACUGUUACGGAUCAAAAGAAAGGAAGCAGCUUGCAAUAAUUUGGUUUCGAUGUUGAAUCUCCAUUCAUUAAUAAUGAAAGUGGAGAUUUUUGUUUAGACAAAUUCCUGAGAGUGUUGAGUUUUGGUCGUCUGAAUUGGAACCACAUUUGAUAAAAACAUCAUGUAACCAAAUGGAGAACCAAGUACAUAAAUAUAACUAAAUAACUUGUUAUUCUGUUGGCUUAGUUGUGUUGAUGAUUUGGGAGGUUUAUGGGAUUUGGACACUGUCUGUGCAUUGCAAACAAAAAAGGAAACUGUAACAUUUUGCGUGAACAGUACCAUUGCCUGUUUAUAAAGGCUAGAAGCAGGAUUUGAAAUGGCAUUGG